CGCAGCGGAUUGAACGGAAGAAGAGACACACUACUGUGCAUAGCCAGUUCCACCCUUCUCCGGCACUCCAAGCCGAGCUCUCGCGCGCGCGAGCUCCCAGAUCCCAAAGAGCGCAACGCGACGCAUUUGCUCCCGCGCGCGCGGCGGCGGAGGAAGGAUGGCGAUCUCCGCGCGGCCGCUCCUGGCCGCCCUGCUGCUGCUGCUGCCGGCGCUCCUCCUCUCGGCCGUCUCUGCCGCCGACAGCAAGGACAACCCUGCCGAUCAGCUCGUGGCAUUGGUCAACAGCAACCGUACUGCCAGCAAGGCUUCUUCUGUUGCGGAUAAUCAAGGUCUGGGAUGCAUUGCUCUGCAGUACAUCAAAGCAUAUGAAGGUCAAUGCAAACAGGUGAGCGUCAAGAAGCCUAUGGAGUCCAGUUUCACCGACACAUUCGCCCCGAACUGUGGCGUCCAAGCCACAACUCUUUCCAAGAUUACCGGGAGGCUUGUGGCGUGCCAGUCCAACUACGCAUCUCCAGCUGAGAUCUUCGACAUCCUGAUUAAUGAUGCGAAGGACCUUCAGGUAUUGCAUAGCAAGAACCACACGGAAGUGGGAGCAGCUGUCAGUGGCACUGAUGGCGGCGGGCCGUACUUCUGGUGUGUUCUGUUUAGCGAUGGGAAGCCAAGUACCAGCUUUAAGGUGGAUGGCGAAGUGCCCAAGACCGCCCAUCCGGGAUGCUUCAGUGGCAACAAUGACGACUGCAUGGGUGCCAAGAAUGGUGCCAUUUCAACCAAUGUGGGUACAUCGAGGCUGGUGGCAGCCCUUCUUUUUGCCAUAGCUUGUGCUUUUGCUCUGUGAGCUUGAGCAGGGAUGCUGUGUUGUGCAUCUUCUUUUGCUUUGUGAGAACAAGCAGAAUACCUUGUUUCAUUGUCUCGCAAUUCUUUUGCUUAUUUGAGCAGACGAGCUUUGUAAGAACUAAGGAUCAUCAUUCAUUUAUUGAGCAUUUGGAAUUAAGCUGUUCA